AAACUCGUCGGCCCGAAUAAGUUUAAUGGUGGCAAGUUUUGGAUGUGCUGUCAUUGUUGGACGACGUGUUGACAUAUUGGCAAAAAUAUCGGUUUAUGAGUAAAUUUACAUCGAUUUAAGAACAGAAACGUAAAGCAGCAAGUUCGAACAUUAAUGUAAGAUAUGGCUCGUUUAACGAACUAUUAUCGAUCCGAAGAAAUUCCGUACGUGACUCUUGCACGAAGGCAACUUCCCAUAAUAGCGGGACAUGAUUUGAUGAUGUUAAUGGACCUGAACAGCAAAGGUUUGGCAAUUGACAACCCGCCAGCUCGGGGUAAGGAGCUGGACGAAUUCACACGUAAAUACAAUAUUCUAUCGCCGGACGAGUUGAAGACCUCUUUGGAAGUGAAGAGCGCCGACCUGAUCCCCAUCAUAAGUCAGACGGUGCAGUGUGUGGGGUGUCGCAGGAGCGUGGAAAGAUUGUUUUACCAAUUGAUGCUGUCCGGCCAUCACACGCUCGACCCCCUCGUGAUCAAAACGAAUGGAAUUCUGACGAUAGCGGAGGACAAGAUGAAAGUACCCAGAUUCGUUUGUACAUUGUUACGAAGGCACAACAGCACGCUAAGUGCUCUCCUCGAUAACCAGACGAAGAACAAGAAAAAUUCCAGAUGCACUUUGCACUCGCUCGACUCGUUUCGAUCAAGGCCGUUCUCCGAGACGUGGAGAGAGAUUUGGGGCUCGAUGAAGCAGCGCUGUCGCGAGGAGUUGUCUGUGAUAGAAACGAAGGAACUGCUGGAGAUUCUGGAAAAUUAUCUGAGGAAACAUAAAUUCUGUCAGGAUUGCAGGACAAAGGUUGAGAAAGCAUACACGCUUCUAGUUGACGACACAAACAGCUCCAAGGAAAAGGGCUUCGUAUCUGCUUUGUACUCAAAUAUAAAACAAUGCCGAGAGCACAAACAUAUUCACCUGUUAACAAAGGCUGAUUUUAUUGAGAGUUUGAUCAAAAGAGCGGAACCAGAAAUUAUUGGAAGUAAUCUAAUGAGACAACGAGAACGGCAUGCAAAAACAUUGGAAAUUGCUCAGGAGGAGGUGCUUACUUGCGUUGGAAUGUGUAUCUACGAACGUUUGAGAAGGAUAUACAUAAGCCUACGGGAGGAGGAGCGAGCCUGCCAAGUGCUAGCCGCUGUCGGCGUUCACGCUUUGUCACGCAGCUUUGAUACAGCUGUUGAACAGAAACAGGGUAUCAGCAAGCUGGAAUUAUUAUGUCAGGAAAUGAGUCGUGUUGAGAAGGCCAAGGAACACAAAAAAGAACAGAAGAAAUUGAAGAAGAAAAAGAAGAAGAGCGUCAAGAAGAAUCAGGAGAAUGCAUUUGAAGCGGAAACAAAGAGUGAACCCGAAGUAGAGAUUGAGGACGAACUGAAUGACUUACUGAACUGUCCGUGCAAGUCGAAUUCAAAUAAUGCUUGUUCUAAAUCCAUAGACGGGGGCUAUGCAUCUGAAAAUUCUCAAACGAACUCACGAACUGUAAGUCUACUGAAUUCGCCAGAGGGUUCGGAGGUUUCCUGUUCGGAUGGCCUUUGUAAUCACGAACAACAGUCUGGCAUAGAUAUGGCAUUGAACAACGAUACGUACAAUUUGAAUAAUUUCGAGAAACCGCACGACUGCCGACAUUAUGUGAAAAAUCAGAAUUCGACUAUGAGUCUUCAGCAAAUGUUGGACGGACUACAAGCCGACGAGGAAAAAGAGACAGACUGUUACAUUCCAGACGAAGUUGUGUUAGAAUUCAAAAAUCGUGAAAAUAAAAUCAAACAACUACGUGAGGAACUGCGGGAAAAUUUAAGACAAAAUUUCGACAAAAUGUGUAAAACAUAUGUACGUAAUUGUAACGAUUAAUAAAUAAAAUCCCGUUAUAUAUGUA